AUGCACCGCGCAAAGCGCCAGUUCCAGCCGUCCAUCACCAAUUUCUUCGCCCGCUCGGACCGCGAUGACUACAGCUUCGACUCAUCGCUGGGCUUCGGAGAGCCUCAGUUCCUCACGCCGCACCUCCCACCGGCCGUACAAGCCUCUCUCCUAAACGUCGGCAUGCGUGUCCGCAAGUCAGUCCCAGAGGGCUACAAGACGCACAAGACCCUGCCCCCGAGCAACAGUGUCCACACCGCAUCACCGUACACUCUCGCCCACCAGGCACAAGUGGUGCCAGGCAAACCUGUCGAGCUCCUACCCUACUGCGGCCUGCUCAAAACCGGCGGCCUCACACCCACCCCGCGGCUGCUACCUUCCCCCAUCUCCGACUUCCCGACCGAGGCCUUCACCACCGCCGUACCCACACAAGCAGCGCCCAUCUUCAACAUGGCCGUCUUCCCCUCCAGCAGCCAAGACUCCAACUCAGCCCUCUCGAGCACCUCAAGCAUCCCGAGCAAACCGCCCCCCCUCAACACCCGCAAGCGCUCCUAUUCCGAUGCCGCAGCCGACGACGACGCUAUCUCGCCCUUCCAGCUCGACCCCCACCAUCUACCCCACCCAGCCAACCACCUCGCCGUGCAGAAGUGGCUCGACGACGAGCCCGUGUCGCCGAGGUCGAUCUACCCGGUCAGUCACACGCCGAUGCCGGAUCUGUCGUCGCUGCGGCCAUUGGCGCGGCCGAGGACGAGAAGGAAAGGGAGUGGGGGUUCGGGCGAGGCUGUGCAGGGUGGGAGCCGGGGCGGGAGCGAGGGGGUGCUGGAUUUUGGGGAGGCGGAGUUCUUGCAGCCUGAGGGAGAGGUCGAGAUGGGCGGCAUGUGA